CCUCAUCGUCCUGGAGGCAGCUGCUUGGACUGAAGAAGAUCAGCAAUCGAGAGUCGGAAGCGCAAGAACACCGAGAAGAGAAAUGGCUUCGGUGGUGCGGGGGAUUCUGAAGUCGAUCAAAGACAAAGGCAUCGGUACUUUCUUGAGAGAGUUCAAGGAAGAAGGCUACUUGAAAUGCUUACCCGAUGGAAACUUAUUGCAAACCAAAAUUCACAACAUCGGUGCGACACUUGUAGGUGUCGAUAAGUUUGGAAAUAAAUAUUACCAGAGGCUCGAUGAACAAACUCAAUAUGGAAGACACAGGUGGGUUGAAUAUGCAGAGAAGGGUCGUUAUAAUGCUUCUCAGGUGCCACCCGAAUGGCAUGGCUGGCUCCACUACAUAACCGAUCACACAGGAGACGAGCUUCUGAUGCUGAAACCGAGUAGGUAUGGGAUAGAACACAAGGAAAACUUCUCUGGGGAAGGUGAAGAACUUAUCUACCAUUCCAAGGGACAUGCUCUUAAUUCUGGGCAGAGAGAUUGGACUCGCUAUCAGUCAUGGCAACCAACCAAGUCCUAAGUAAUUUGUGUAUCAAUUCCUUUGUUUAAUUUGGAAAUCCAUGGGAUAUCUGGCUGUGUGCUUUCCUGUUCUUCUGAAUAAGCGACUUGUUGUUGUCUCUGCAAGCUGUGAAUUAUUUUUCAUCAUGUUUACUGCACAACACAUGAGGGAUUUUCUGCAUGUUUCUGUUCUUUUGUGCCAUGUCUUAGCGAUCACUGUGAUAGAACGUUAUAUCAUGGCAGUGUAUCAGAUGUUAUCAGCUUUGGGCAUUUCCUAAAACGAAAGUUCGAGCAAAA